UUUAGUCGGAUCCUGUAACACACUUUUGAGUAUAACCAUUUACAAGUACCUACUGCUUAAUGCACGAAAGUCUUUUGUCUCCACUGGAAGGUCUCCCAUCGUCCUGUAUUAUAACAAUCAAGAGAGUUAGGCAUGGAUAUAAGAUCAGAACGAUUGUUGGUUUUGAAGCAUAACCCGUGUUCAGAUCAUGUCAGAGCUCCACUGACACCACCGAUGACCAUAGUCAGAAUCAAAAGGGUAAGUGACAAUCACUUCUAGGGAACCAUCUCAGAGUGAAUUUGCAACUGGUCUCAGCUUAAAAAUCUGUAAGGCACAAUAGAACACAAACUGUGUGUGAUCUGGCGUGUAGAAAAGGACUUGAUGUCCUCGACCUUCCACCAGCUUAUCAGACCCAUCAGCUUGCCCAGAACUUAUCAAAUUUUGGGUAAAUUUUGCAUAGAAAUGGUAUCACCCGACUGUUAGUGAUAAGGAAUCUUUUUUAGGAAAGUUGUUUUAUUAUUCACUUCACUUUCUCUACGUAUAGAGCAAUAUAUUAUUAAACAACAUCGCUUUCACAAUUUUAAAAAAUAUUAAAUCUUAUGUAUAACAAAAAACACAAGUUGACAAACUUGGUGGUGCAUUUGUAUUUCUUCUCUGAGAAUUUCUGUCUUCUCUAUGAUAGCGAGGGACGUUUCCGUCUUCACUCCAUGAGGGACGAAGAAGCUAAGGCUAAACCAUUAAGCUCGACCUGGAGGAGAACGAUUGUUGAGUUCAUCAAGUUAGAUUUCGGUAAUGUUGUGAUGGUGACUGGAGGUAGAAACAGAGGGCGUGUUGGUGUGAUUAGAAACCCUGUGAAGCUUAAGGGAAGCUUUGAGACUACCACCACAUACAAGACUCAACAGGACAUGAGUCUGCAACAAGGUUGAGGAAUAUGUUCACGCUAGGCAAAGGGUCAAAGCGUUGAAUGUCUUUUAUUAAGGGUUUAGGAUGUUAAUCAUUUAUGCAAUUAAAUUGAUUUGCAAAUAAUAUAUAUUCACAAGUCCAAGUAAAUUUUACUCAUUUUCAAAUCGAAUACAGUAAAAAAAUUCAUUAUAUACACUUUUUUGAGCAUUUUUAUUCACGCUAUCUUAUUUUAACCGAAAACACACAAAAUAUUGAAAUUAACUAAUAUAAUUAACUUAUGAUUUUAAAUUAAAUUAUUAAAAUACUUAUAUCUACAAUUGUAACAAAUAUGUUUAUAGAUAUAUCUAUAUAUAUAAAUAAAUUUUGGAUAUCUCCGGUUACUCAUUUGAUUCUUGGUUUAGACCAGAUUGGGUCCUGGAUCUUCGGAUACAUCAAUUUAGGACCCAUUCGGUUAUUUAUCACAUAUCUGAUCGAGUUCGGAAGCCUGAUUUUCGGGUUGAUUUAGGUCGGAUCUUUGGGUUUGGAUAUUUUGCGUAGCCCUAAUUUUACUAUUAAAAUAGUUGAGUUAUGACUUCAUAUAUUUCAUUAUCUUUCAAAUGUUAAAAAUUUGAAUUAUUUUGUUUAAUAAUUUGAUAUACCAAUAAGUCAAUUCUUAAGUAAAACAUUUUCAUACCUUGAUUAUAUUUUGGCUGUUUGUGUUUAAAAAUCUCGAUUCAAGGAAUUAUACUACCUUCCUUUUCUGAUGUAGAAUUUUCGUAGAUAUGGAAAUUUAUUUUUUGUUUCACUAUAUAAUUUUUUUUUUAUAUUUCAAUGUAACUUUAUUAAUUGGAUAUUGUUUGGCCAAUUAAAUUAAGUAAAUUACUGUGUAAUUGAUUAAAUUAAUAUAUUAAAUGAUAGUUUUCUAAAGUAAUAACUCUUAAACAUUACAGAUUUUAAUUAAAAGUGGAAGAAAUAAGCCUCAGAUAGAGUGUCCACAUAGACAAAAAUAAUCGUCCAAUGAGAAACUAUAUUUUUGACAUGUCACCUCCUCUAUUUUUUUUUACAAAAUGAUCCUUUAACUUUUUACUUAAACAAUUAUAACCGAAAAUAUAUUUUUAAUGAAAUAUAUUAUUUAUAUAAAUAUAAUUAUAUUUUCUAUUUACAUAAUAGUUUGUAAAGAAAUAUUUAGUGUAAAUAAUAUCAUAAUUUUAUAAAAUACUAAAAGAAAUUGGGCUGGUUUUCAACUUUCACAAAUAAAAUAUAUUAUUUGUAAACUUAGAAAAAAAUAUAUCAAGAAUAUUCUUUUUUAGGAUAGAAAAUAGAAAAAUACAUCGGAGACAAAUCCAUCUCUAUUAUGAAAUUCCUUUAUUAUAAAGAAAAAAAUAGAGGAAUACAUUGGAGAUGGUCUAAGGCAUGGCCAACGUAAAUAAUCGGCGUUGAGAUUUCAGCUUUUCUGAUUCUUACUAUUCUAAUGUUUCAAUAUAAUUUGAAUAUUCCUUUUGUUUUAUAAUAUAAUGGUUUAAAAAUGUUUUUUUGUUUCACUAUAUAAAUUGGUUUUAUAUUUCAAUGUAACUUUAUAUUUAUUGGAUAUUGUGUGGCCAAUUAAAUUAUGUAAAUUAUUGUGUAAUUAAUUAAAUUUAUAUAUUAAAUGACAGUUUUCUAAAGUAAUAACUUUUAAACAUUAUAGAUUUUAAUUAAAACUGAUUACAUUUUGAAAUAUAUAAACUAACUUUAUAUAGAUAUGAGGACAAAUUUGUAAAGUGGUCUCACCUUGAAUUUCUCUCAUUCUGUGCAUUCCUAAUUGGAAGAAGAUAAUUAACAUCUAAUAUUAUGUUACUUUCAGUAUAUUAGAAAUGGUCGAACCGUAAACCAACGAAGGAUGAUGUAAAGAAGACAUAAAAAUGUAUUUCCAGUUAUCACAAAUAUAUAAUCAAUUGACAACAACUUAAUUAUAUCCAACAUAGAAGAGUUUUCAUACCAUCUAAUAUUAUAAUAUCUCACUAUAUUAGUGGCUAAAUCAGUUUUCUCUAGCACAAAUACUCAUUCCAUUCUUGGAGAUUAAGCGUUUCUAUCUGAUGAUAUUAGUAGUUUGAUCUUAAAAAAAAACGGUCAAACUAUACAUUGUAAUUGGAGAAAGAAAACAAUCAAAAAUCAACAGACUUUUAAGGUAUAUGAAAAAAAAAUUAGAAAUAGCAAUUCUCUACAAUUAAAGAAUAAGGCAAUAAAAUUUUAAAAAGAAAAAAUAAAACAAAAAAUAUACAAAAAAAAGAAAAAUUUAGAAAAAUAAAAUCAUAAUAUAAUUUCCAUAAUUGAUAGUGCUCAGCUACACUAAAAAGUCUAAAUUUACAACAUACACAGUUUUAGGUUAUUGAAGUACUUUUUUCGUGAAUUUAUUCGAGAUGAGAUUCCGAUGUUUUAAACUAAGAUAAUUUAUGUUCUAUACAUAAUUAUGUUUUUUUUACAUAACUUCAAAAUCUCGGACUUGAUUCUUUAUAUUUUAUUAGUUAAUUGUGUUACAUAUUGUAGAAAUACUUACUUCAAACUAAUAAUAUAUAAAAAAUCAAACUUAAAAAUUAGUUAUAUAUAAUUUAAUAUACAAAAAUUUACAUAGAAAUAAAAUGAUAAAUGUAACAAAUUUAAAUAUAUUAUCUGCGCGUAGCGCGGAGAAAGGAUCUAGUCUCUAUAAUAUUGAUAUGCAUUUGUCGAUAAAAAGUUGAUGAUGUAAUUACAAUCAUGCAUUAAUAUUUAGUCAAACACAAAAAACUCUAUUGAAUUUAAAACAUGGUGGUGGAUAGAGAUGGCAAAGUUAAUAAGUUAUUUCUCCGCUGGAGAGGAGAAAUUAAAGAGGCCAUUGUCAAAUAUCGUCUACUAAAAUUUAAAACCACUUGUACUUAUCAUAUGAUGGCAUACAUAUUGCAUUGGGAGAGAGAAUUCACAUGCUGUGUGAUAAUGAUAGUCUACUUAUCUUGUCAUAUAUUUACUCAUAUGCGUCAUAUGCCUCGGGAUCUAAUUCUCCUAUCUUAAAAUGACUUUUGUAUAUUAUAUAGUGGUGGUUUUAACAAAAUUUUGAUCAUAUUUGGAAUAAAUGUGUGAUUUAUUAGUCCUUUUCUAUAUCUUAGUGAAACUCAAUGUGGAAGAGUGCUUUGUCUUUCUAAGUGGAUAGCCACGAGAAAGUUACACUCAAUAUCUUUAUAUAUAAAGUUGCGUUUGCUUUCCUCGUAGGCCGGCCACGUAGACGGACACGUCAGUAAUUCGAGUCUUUAGAACUGACAUGUAUCCGCGUCCAAAACGUGGCGUUUCAUUAACUUGGAGUUGGAGAUCGUGUGAGCUUUUGGUGUAACUCAUAAACAUGCAGGAAUAUUGCAUGUGGGCUUUAAAUCAAAUUAAAAAUAAUACUUUUAACAAUAUACUUUUAUAUUUUAGUACACAAAUAAUAUCGUGUUCUUCAUCUUAUGAAUACGUCAUAAAAACAGCUCUUAUGAUAUUGUUGAUAUUCAAUCCGAUCAUACUGGUAUGACAAAUUAAUAUAAAUCAACAUAACCGAGUACGAUGCUUUUAAUUGGAUUUACAUGUGUCGAAAAUACAGUAAAAUGUUUUUAUUUACUUUAAUGUGUAAAACAGCCCGUAAAAAAAAAUAGAUGAACCAAUAGGUUUAUAGUAUAUUAGUGAACGUACAUAUAAAAUGUUCAAUAUUAUAUAGUGAAUGCAAAACUGAAUUUACUAAUUUGAUAUACAUAUACUGAGCAUUUAACAUUUAUCCCGCCAAAAUCGCAAAAACGUGUUAUCCCGCCAUAACACAUAUCCCGCAAAAACGCAUUUUCCGCCAAAAUGCUUUUUCCGCCAAAAUCCGCAAAAACGCGUUUAUCGCCAAAACCGCAAAACGUGUUUUCCGCCCAAAUGCAUUUCCCCGAAAACCGUAAAAACGUAUUUUCAUACCAAAACCACAAAAACGCGAUUUCCCGCCAAAACCCCAAAAACACAUUUCCCGCGAAAACCGCAAAAAUACAUUUUUCCGCCAAAACAAAAAAAAAUAUGUUUUCCCGCCAAAACCGAAAAGCAUAUUUUCCGCCAAAACCGAAAGUCUCAUUUUCCGGACAAACCUAAAAAUGUGUUUUCCCGCUAAAAUCGAAAUUUUUUGUUUUCCUGCCAAACCGUAAAAUGCAUUUUCCCGCCAAAACCAAAAAAUCUCAUUUCUCCGCCAAAACCGAAAAAUGUGUUUUCCUGCUAAAACCGAAAAAUUUUGUUUUUCCGCCAAAACCGCAAAAAUGUAUUUUCUCGCCAAAACCAAAAAUUAUUUUUUCCCGCCAAAAUUGAAAAAUCUCGUUGUUCCGUCAAAAUAAAAAAAAUUGUUUUCUGCCAAAACCGAAGCUAUAGUUGGUUUAUUAUUAAUACUUGUUUUAGUUUGAAACUUUAAAGUUUUUUUUUCCAAAUAUAGUUAAAAUUAAUAUCAGCCAUAUGAUUAAAUCAACACAAGAGUAUUUUGGUAAUUUGUUUACUAAACUCAUUUGGAUGGAAAUAAAUGUAAAAAACAAACAUAAGAUUCAUUUAGAUGAUCAUCUAGAUGAGCUAUCUCGAUGGACAAAACAAACAAUCACAAAAAUCUGGAUGGAUCAUUUAGAAUAGAUCAUACAAAUGAAUCAUCUAGAUGGAGAUAACAUAUGGUAAAACGAACAGCCCCUAGCUAUCUCAGAACUGCUUCAAUAGUUGCAGAAACUCAAAAUUGCUAUCAUCUCUAUAGAGGCUCCUAGCUACCUCACAAAUUAAAUAGCCAUUCUACUUAUUUAGUUGCUUCUUCUCAGGCUCAGCCCAGAGCACAGGCAAAGUAAGCCAUCAUCAAAGUAACUUCAUCCCACUUCCACCUUAGGAUUUGAAUGCACCAACACAUAUACUAGGUGAAACUUUUGAAUGUAAAGAGUGACCACAAUGAAAAAAAAAAUGUGAAGUGUGGGCAUAAAAAACAAUAUAUUUCAAUAGAAACUCCUUUAUUAAAAAAAACAAAAAAGAAAGUAAUUAUAAAAUUGUAUGCACUUUCCACUUUAGCAUGAUGGUCCCUCUGUAGACUCACGGUUACACACGAUGAGAAGGCUAUUCAAAAGUUGCCAGCUUCUCGCCACCACUUUCACCUGAACCCACACGUCACCUUCUCUCUCUCUCUCUUAAAACUCCAUAAAGCUUUCUUACUCUGUCUCUCUCUCAAGUUUCUUCAUGGGAAACCUCUGUUCUUUGUUUGCUCCGCCUAAGCCCGUCAAGAAGAGACGACCCAUCACUAAGCGACAACCAUCCGUACCCAGAUCAGCUUCCGGUCCUAGGAACAGGCUCAGAUCGUCUUCUUCUUCCUCCACGAGGGACAACAAGUUCGAAGAUGCCAUUUUGUUCGGACAGCAGAACGGCGGCGAAGCUGGAUCGCUUCCGUUUGAUCGGUCCGCAUCGCAGCGUUAUCCUGUUUCUGGUUCGAAGAAGAAUCAGUUGCCUCGGAGCUCCAGUACAAGGUCAAGAUCCUCCACGGAUCCUCUGUUGCAGCCUCAUCAGUUUCUUAACAAGGGUGUAAAGCUAGAUGACUUGGAAACAAACCAUUUUAUCCUCAUCCAUGGAGGAGGUUUCGGCGCUUGGUGUUGGUACAAAACCAUCGCGCUCCAAGAAGAAGAUGGUUUCAAAGUUACAGCCAUAGACUUGGCUGGUUGCGGUAUCAACUCAUGCAACAUAAACAGCAUCGCAAGCUUAUCACAGUACGUGAAGCCACUUACUGAUGUUCUUGAAAAGCUUCCCACAGGAGAGAAGGUGAUCUUGGUUGGUCAUGACUUCGGUGGAGCUUGUAUAUCUUACGCUAUGGAACUGUUUCCUUCCAAGAUCUCAAAAGCUGUGUUCCUCGCUGCAGCCAUGUUGACUAAUGGUCAGAGUACACUCGACAUGUUCUCGCUGCAGGCAGGUCAGAGCGAUUUAAUGAGAAAAGCUCAGAUAUUUAUCCACACAAACGGCAAUGAACACCCUCCAACGGCCAUUGACUUAGACAAGUCUCUUCUUAAAGACCUUUUGUUCAAUCAAAGCCCUUCAAAGGAUGUUGCAUUGGCUUCUGUGUCAAUGAGGUCAAUCCCGUUUGCGCCGGUUCUUGAGAAACUCUCUCUCUCAGAUGGUAACUACGGAUCAGUGAGACGGUACUACAUAGAGACGCUGGAAGACAAUGCUAUACCGUUGGCUCUCCAAGAACACAUGAUCAAUAGUAGUCCACCUGAAAAAGUUUACCGGUUAAAAGGUGCUGACCAUGCUCCUUUCUUCUCUAAGCCACAAGCUUUGCAUAAAUUUUUGCUUGAGAUUGCCAGGAUUAGAGCCUCUCACAGAUAGAUGUCUUCAUACAUUAUAUUUUGUUUUUUCUUGUUUCAUUUUGUUUCUGGCUUUUUUUUCUUACUGUUAUGUCUGUAUUUCUUUCUUGUUGUUGUUCUGCUUUCACAAGAAACAAAAUGUUUAUAGAAAAUGUUAUUUAUUUUGGCCAUAUGAUCAAUAAUAUCAGAAUAAUUUGUUGUU